CUUUUAGAGUUGUUGUUUAAAAAAAAUUCUCCGAUCUUGCAUUAUACUGCUCCUCUUCUACGCAAAAUCUACAGGGUUUUUGUUUUUCUACGAAAUAUAAUGCUGAAUUUUGCAGGAAAAUUGCAGUUUUAAAGGUGAUAUGUCCAUAUUCUUUGUCAUUUUGUUCAUUAAAAAGGUAAAUUUGAGUGUUUGCUUCAAAAUCAUCCUUCGGUGCUAAGAAAUUUUGGGAAAGUGAACAAAAAGUUUUAAUUUUGGGAGUGAGUUUGGUGAUCAGUUAGAGAUUUUUCUCAAAUUUCAUUUAACCAAAAAAGGCAUUUCUCAUUUCUUUGUUAUAUUACUCCUUCUGAUUUACAAUAGAUACCCGUUUCUGUACAUCGGGUCGUUUCUAUUAUAUUCUGAAUCGUUUUAGUUGAUCAAGAUGGUUCUGCCAUUGAUUAUUGUAUCUCCUUUUAGAUCAUCAUUCUUUAUGUAUGCAAUUUUAUACAAAGUUCAGUGAUGCAUGAAACGAUCGGGAUUUUGGCGUAACAGAUUCAUUUGGGGAAUGCUUAGUUAGGGUUUUAUUAUGUUCCUUUCCUCUAUAUUCUUUGUUUGGGGUCCAUAAUUUUGUUUCCUGUUUAACGAAAAAUGGUGAUGGAUUUGGAUUUUGGAAUUUUUAUAAAAAAUUCCAUUUUUAUGAACUUAAUAUGCUACAUCAAAUAAGGUGACAAAGCAAUUUCAUUUUAUAUGAUUUAUGUAUAUAUUCAUGCAUUUCUUUCCGAUUUCUUCUUUUAGCUUUGUGUAGGUGGAAUAUGUAGAUCUAUGACGUAAGAUGCCUUGUAUAUUUAAACCAAAUUCUGUUAUGGCUAUAAGUUGCGCUUUUAUGUUUAAACCAAAUUCUGUUAUGGCUGACAACUUGAUCAAAUUAGUAGCUUUUCAUGAUUACCAUGUUCCGUGUUUGAAUUUAUGUGUUUUGGUAUGGAAGUUUUAGUGUAGUUACUAUAUUGUCUGGUUAGUGCAAUUAAAAAAUAUGACUGACUUCCUUCUCAUAUGCAUCAGUACACUCUCAACCAUUUGGCAACUGUUGGACUAUUUUAUUUUCACCAAUUUGCCUUGUGGGUUUGUGCUAAUUUGAGUUACCUCAAACUUGUUACGUUGAUUUAAUAGUUUUUCUACCAAUGCUGGCAGGGUUUCUUGCACUUGGGCUUUCCUUGCAUAAGUGACUAGUUGAUGCACCUUGAUGUUGGAUUUUAUACUGUGAACUGUAACUGAGUGCUGGCGUUUUGCUUUUAUGAUUUAUUCAUGGUAUGGUUACUGAAAUAUGAAGUUGCAGAAGAGGUUAGACUAUGGAUUUAGUGGCUAUGAGGUGCCUCGCAUACCCCGAGCUGCCAGAUCCUCCAGGAGGAGAUGCAUAUUUCCAAGCAAAACUGACGACCACCAGUUGGGUUCAUUUGACUUAUUGGCUACUGUAGCUGACGAGUUACUUAUGGAGGGGGGAAUUUCUCCAAACCCCGUGGAUACUUUUUCUGGUGAAGAGCAUCAGGCAGUCGUGGAAGAUUCAAUUACUGAAGAACGUGCCAAAGAUAAACCAUUUAUAGUAAAACCUUGUGAUCUUGACAUAUGCGAUCAGAGUUCUCUCCUUACGGAGCAGGUCCUAGAAGCUCCCGUUUCAAAUUUUGGUUCAAAUGAACUAACGUCUCUUCCAAAUGAUGUGUGCUUAUUGCCUGCUUCUGUAAUAACGUCGGAGUGCUUGCAAAAGGUUGGUAGUGCCGGACAAUUUGCUGAUGAUGAAUGCAAGCUUGGACUCCGGAUUAUCACUCAGAAACUAGAUGUUCAGUCUUCUGGUUGCAGAGUAUCCACUGGUUGUAGAUUAGAGGGUGAAAGUGAAAAACAGAUAAAAAUGGAGUCCAAAAUUUUUAGGAAUUUGUCAAUAAGUAGUAGGGAUGGUAUGUGCGGUCCAGGGUGUCGAGAGACUUGGGAAAGAAAAGAGUCAGCAUUAGUUAGAUCAUCUAAUAGUGUAAAAUUUCCAUCUUGCAGGGGCCACAUGUCUUGUUGUUCUUUCCCGUUUAAUUCAGAGGGUGUAAAGAUAGUUACUAGAGAUAAUGACGAAAACUCUUCUAGGCGCACUCAACCUAGAAAUGCAAAUAAGGCCAUUAGGUCUCUUGCUCGUAGUGGAGAUCGUAGAAUUAGGAAGUCACUAGUGUCCAAGUAUUGGAAAACAACUACAAAUCUGCAGGGAGAAGGUUACAACUCCAAUAAAAAGAGAUGCAGUUUUCCAAACACAAAGAACCGCUAUAAGCGCCAAAUAUCCCAGAGGGAUUACCCUUUCAAGAAAAGAAAGCUUUAUUACUGUAGCUCUGCACCUAAUACUGAUGUAAUCGUUAGCAGCGACGGAAUAUGUAGCUUGCCAGAGCAUGACUCGAAAGCAGCUGCCUGCAGCUAUGGUUCUGCAUUGCCUGGAGUGAAUGCUGCUCCCACUUCUGCAACAGGUGAAUGUUCACCCUCCCAGUCCAAUUCACAUGUGAAGCUUAAGAUCAAGUCUUUUAGGGUUCCUGAGCUAUUUAUUGAGAUUCCAGAAACGGCAACUGUUGGUUCUCUUAAGAGGACUGUUAUGAAAGCUGUGACUGCAAUACUCGGUGAUGGACUACGUGUUGGAAUGCUUCUACAGGGUAAAAAGAUUAGAGAUGAUAACAGAACUUUAUUGCAAACCGGAAUUUCUCAUGAUAACAAAUCAGAUGCUCUGGGUUUUACACUGGAGCCAAACCAUACUCAAGCUUCCCCAACGGUGUGUCCAGAAGAUCCUUUCCAACUUCCCCGGGAUAAUCCACAACCACUAGCAAGGAUCUCUCCUAUUUCCAAUGCGGUUCAAGAUGCUGUUAAGCAGGGGAAUUUGGAUGCUCUUCCAGAUCUCAUGGGAAGUAACAUCAGGAAUUUCCCUGAAAGCGAUAAUGAUUCAGCUCCUUCCACUCCUGAUAUGUCGUUAGAGAAAACCCCAACAGGUUCACGAGCACUGGUUGCUGUUCCUGAAAUGAGAGAACCUUUGGCUAUUGUUUCCACGCACAAAUCUAAGCGAUCUGAGUCACUGCAGCGUCGAAUGCGUAGGCCUUUUACUGUGUCUGAAGUGGAAGCAUUGGUUCAGGCUGUUGAGAAGCUUGGUACAGGAAGAUGGCGUGAUGUUAAGCUGAAAGCCUUUGAUAAUGUGAAACAUAGAACUUACGUGGAUUUGAAGGACAAGUGGAAAACACUGGUGCACACGGCAAGAAUAUCCCCUCAGCAAAGGAGAGGCGAGCCGGUACCUCAAGAGCUUCUAGACAGGGUCUUAACUGCCCAUGCUUACUGGUCCGAGCAGCAAACCAAGUACCAGCUCGGAAGUCAGGCCGCAACGUGAGAGUUGCCUUGUCUGAAGAUUUCAGUGUCCAAAUCUGGCUGUAUAACAGGAGAACAAUUAUUGGAAUGAUUAUGCAGGCUCUGUUAAAAGGAAGUAAAUUAGUGUUUAUGUAAUAUUUUUUAGCUCUCAUGGAGAUCUGUUUCCUUGUAAAUGGAUGGUUGUUAGAAUAAGGAAUCUCCGUUUAACAGUUCUUUUUACACCAAAAAACUGGCAUUUUGUUGUUGAUUUCUUGUUUACAAAGUUC